GAGUUCUCCACUUACUUAGUUGGUGUCGUCAGGACGGCGACGUUCUCCUCCGAGCCGCCGCCGAACCCGUCCUGCCCGCCCGGCCGGCCUCCGAGCGGAGCCGAACCGGAGGCGCCAUGCCGGUCCGAAAGAAAGACGCCCAGCGCGCACUGUCCCUGCUGGAGGAAUACCGAGCCAAACUCCAGCAUGCCGACGAGCGCCAGCUGCGCGUUUCCAUCCAGAGGGUCAUCGACGUCUUCCAGAGCAACCUCUUCCAGGCCCUCAUAGACAUCCAAGAGUUUUACGAAGUGACCUUAUUGGACAGUGAGAGGUGGGCGGAGUCUUCCAAGGCACCAGAGGGCGUGGCUCCCGUCAAUGUGUGGGACUUCUCCAGCCUUCAGAGCGCCACCGUCACCUCCGACACGCUGCCCAGCCUUAGCACCAGCAUCGAGGACUCAGCCCUGCUAAACGAAAUCCUGCUUGUGUUGGUGCAGGCCUCGCGUUUGCCAAAGCGUGACGUUCAAAAGUACCGGCACCACGAUGAGGACUCGUCGCCUCAGGAGGACCGGAGCUCCCCGCAGCUCACAGAGGAGGCGGGCGGUCCGGAGCUGGUCCAGGUGGCCGAGAAGAACCUGUCCCAGAUCGAGAACGUGCACGGAUACGUCACCCACGCGCACAUCUCCCCCAUGAAGGUGGCGUCGCUGGAGUGCGUGCUUGACGGCUCGCCAUCGUUAGGACGCCCGGAGCUCCCCUCCUCCCCCGCACCCUCCUCCCUCUACCCUCACGGUGACGACAGCCCCCUCCCGUCCUGCUCCUCCAACCCCUACCCCCCCGUCCAGGCCAACCCUCCUCCUGUACUGGUCAACGCAGACAGCCUGGACACGCCCCCUUACGUGAACGGCACCGAGGCGGACUGCGAGUACGAGGAGAUCACAUUGGAGAGGGGUAAUUCGGGUCUGGGCUUCAGCAUCGCGGGCGGCGUCGACAACCCGCACAUCGGCGACGACCCCAGCAUCUUCAUCACCAAAGUCAUCGCGGGGGGUGCCGCCGCACAAGAUGGACGCCUCAGGGUGAACGACGUCAUCCUGCGCGUCAACGACGCGGACGUCCGCGACGUGACGCACAGUCGUGCCGUGGAGGCGCUGAAGGAGGCGGGCUCUCUGGUCCGACUGUACGUGCGGCGGCGGAAGCCGAUGGGGGACAAAGUCGUUGACGUCAAACUCGUCAAAGGACCCAAAGGUCUGGGCUUCAGCAUCGCGGGGGGCGUGGGCAACCAGCACAUCCCGGGAGACAACAGCAUCUACGUCACCAAGAUCAUCGAGGGCGGCGCCGCGCACAGAGACUCCCGACUGCAGAUUGGAGACAAACUUCUGGCUGUGAACAGUUGCUGUCUGGAGGAGGUGAGUCACGAGCACGCCGUGACGGCCUUGAAGAACACGCCCGAUGUGGUCUACCUCAAAGUGGCCAAGCCCAACACCGUCUUCAUCGGCGACGUCGCUAACUCGUUCUCUCAGCACCUGGAGAAUCAUAUCAGCUCUCCCAACUUCCUGUCUCAGCCCCUCGCCCCGCCGACUUCAUCCGGACGCUAUUCGCCGACGCCCAAGAGCAUGCCGGGAGAUGACGACGUUGCACGCAGGGAGCCCCGCAAGGUGGUCCUGCACCGCGGCACCACAGGUUUGGGCUUCAACAUCGUGGGCGGCGAGGACGGCGAAGGCAUCUUCAUCUCCUUCAUCCUGGCCGGAGGACCCGCCGACCUCUGUGGGGAGCUGAGGAAGGGAGACCGCCUCGUAUCCGUGAACGGCGUGGACCUCCGCAGCGCCACACACGAGCAGGCCGCCGCCGCGCUCAAGAACGCCGGGCAGACGGUCACCAUCAUGGCGCACUACAGGCCCGAGGAGUACAGUCGCUUCGAGGCCAAGAUCCACGACCUGAGAGAGCAGAUGAUGAACAGCAGCAUCAGCUCAGGAUCAGGAUCUCUGAGGACCAGCCACAAGAGGUCGCUAUACGUCAGGGCCCUGUUCGACUACGACAAGACUCGGGAUUCGGGUCUUCCCAGUCAGGGUCUCAACUUCAAGUUCGGGGACAUCCUGCACGUGGUCAACGCCUCCGAUGACGAGUGGUGGCAAGCCAGGCACACGGCGGCCGCGGGAGACGUCGAGGAGGUCGGCGUCAUACCCAGCAAGAGGAGGGUGGAGAAGAAAGAGCGAGCGAGGUUGAAGACGGUCAAGUUCAACCCCAAGUCUCGAGAGCGCGGGUCGUCGGGCGACAAGCGUAAAAAAGGCGUGUUCGCAAGAUCCUUCCUGUUCGGGAAGAGUCGCGACGCCAGCGAGCAGGAGAGCAGCGACGUCGAGCAACACGCGACCUCCAACGCCAGCGAUAGCGAAAGUAGCUACCGAGGCCAGGAGGAGUUUGUCCUGUCGUACGAAGCUGUCACGCAACUAGAAGUGGGAUACACGCGGCCGGUCAUCAUCCUCGGCCCCAUGAAGGACCGCAUCAAUGACGACCUCAUCUCGGAAUUUCCCGACAAGUUUGGCUCGUGCGUCCCGCACACCACGCGGCCCAAACGCGACUACGAGGUGGACGCUCGCGAUUAUCACUUCGUGGCGUCGCGUGAGCAGAUGGAGAAGGACAUCCAGGAGCACAAGUUCAUCGAGGCGGGCCAGUACAACAACCACCUGUACGGAACCAGCGUCCAAUCGGUGCGCGAGGUCGCCGACAAGGGUAAACACUGCAUCCUGGACGUGUCGGGCAACGCCAUCAAGCGCCUGCAGGCCGCGCUGCUUCAUCCCAUCGCCAUCUUCAUCAAACCCAAGUCCGUCGAGAACAUCAUGGAGAUGAACAAGCGUCUGACGGAGGAUCAAAGCAGGAAGACGUUUGAGCGAGCUGCCAAGUUGGAACACGAGUUCACCGAACAUUUCACAGCCAUCGUGCAGGGCGACACCCUGGAGGAGAUUUACGAGCAGAGCAAGCAGAUCAUUGAGGAUCAUUCGGGAUCUUUGAUCUGGGUGCAGUCCAAGGAGAAGCUAUGAAAGCGGACAGAUUAGCAAACGUCCUCCUCCCCCCCUCUCACCCCAAAAAGCAAAAAGACGCAGUUCCCCCCCACACCCCCCUUCGUCUUUUGUCGAAAGCAAGUUGUCACGUGGACGCUUUAAGGAGCGUGUCUGUGCGUCAGCCCCGCCCCUCCCUCUGCCCACAUUAACCCUUUAAUGAGCUCACAUGAGGGGGAGGAGUCAACGACUUUACUCACGAGCUAGCCGACACUUUUCCUUGUGGCAUUGUUACGCACGGUGGCAUGAGGGGGGCGCGCGAGAACGAAAAGUUGAACCUGCUCAGCGGCCUAUUUUCUUAUCAACAGAAACUACAAAGUCUAUAUUGAUCGAUCGUCAUUAUUAUCACUGUAGAAGAUUUCAAUAUGAUCACUUCCUGUCUUAUUUUUCUUUUUUAACCAAAUAAAGCUCAAACAGGAA